AUGGAAGCACGCCCAGCUUUAUCCAUUCAAAGAUCAGGUGUAAGACAACUAGGUAAAUUCGGAGCAUCUGGGACUUCUUUACCUGAUAUUCCGAUCCCUUUGGAAGAGACAUAUCCCAAGUUACGGGACUCUCAGCAGGUUUUCACAGAGAGCGAACUCAUGCAACAUCCUCCAGCUGUCCUUUCAUCAUUGUCUUCCGACAGUGGGGUUGUUGGUCAUAUAUUUUCUUCAUCCUCAGGAUUUUCUAGUGAUCUUCAUUUUUCAUCUGUCCCAAAGCAAGAAAAGCAUCAUCUAAGGCAAGCCCCUUUCAUUUCUCAAUCGGCAAAGAAUGGGACAUCAAUUACAUUACCAAAUUCUUGUGAUUCUGGAAUUCUCCAAUCCACAGCAUCAAGCCAAUAUACCAAAGAAAAUAACAGCUCUUCCUGGGGUCCAGAUUCAUUGCCUGAUUUUCUUGAUUAUUCAUUUGGUACCUCAAUCCAGAAUGGUCAGCUAGAAAGUAUCAACAGUGGUGACAUUGGCAUUUCAUCUGAGGAUCUUAGCAGAAGAAAUGAUUGGCAGGAAUGGGCUGACCAGCUUAUUACUGAUAAUGAUCCUUUGACCUCUGAUUUGAAUGAGCUUCUUGCUGAUGCAAAUGUUGAACCAAAGAUGUCCAAGCAGCCAGUAAAAUUUUCAAUGCAGCCAUCCCAAAUACCCCAACAGCCUCCAGGUACACCUGGAGAAACAAACACAGUUGUUACUCAAUCAUCAUCAGCAAAUGUGGCUCCAGUAAAACAACGCAUGCGUUGGACACCAGAACUUCAUGAAGCCUUUGUCGAAGCAGUCAACAAACUUGGUGGGAGUGAAAGAGCUACUCCCAAGGGUGUUUUGAAGCUAAUGAAAGUUGAAGGUUUGACAAUUUAUCAUGUGAAAAGUCACCUGCAGAAGUACAGAACAGCUAGAUACAAGCCAGAGACAACAGAAGAAUCUUCAGAGAAAAGACUACCGUCUGUUGAAGAAUUGUCAUCCUUGGACUUGAAAACGGGAAUUGAGAUCACUGAAGCAUUGAGGUUGCAAAUGGAAGUGCAAAAGCGUCUGCAUGAACAGCUUGAGAUUCAAAGAAAUCUACAACUUCGAAUUGAAGAACAAGGGCGAUACCUGCGGAUGAUGUUUGAGAAACAGUGCAACUCCGGGUCUGACUUGAUCAAGGGGACUUCAUCAACUAUGGAGACCUCCAUUAAAGAGUUGUCGGGUGCUGCACAAAGUUCUCCUGCCAGAGAUGAUGCAGGAUUACAGGCACCUAUCAGCAAAACAGGAGGUGACCAAUCUAACAUAUCCACAGCAUCAGGAGAAAACUCUCAAGACGGAGGAGAGAAAUAUAAAGCUCAGGAGACUCAAGUUCUUAAAAAUUCAGAGGCAAACGUUGACGGCACAUCACCAUCCUCGAAACGUGCUAAAGUGCAUGAAUAG